UACUAGUGGUAUGAAAUUGUUCACAAGUAAAGACUCUGAAGUGCGUAUUUAAUUUUAAUGUGUACAACUUCAGAUUUGUUUUGAUAAAUAACUGUCAUCAGUAUUUUAUUAAUAAAAAGUAAGGAUAAAUAAAAAUAAUGGACGCUGCAUUGAACUUUAUAUUUUCAUCUGAUGAUGACUCUGAGCCGGAUGAAAAUAACAAUCCAAUCGAGGAACAAUUACCAAUACAGGUUUUAGACCAUGGUGGUCAAAAUUAUUUUAACAUUUUAACCGAUAAACAGUUUAUAGAUCGUUUUCGUUUCGACAAAAAUACAACACUCCAGUUGUUCAAUCGUCUCAAUCAUCAUUUUGAAUUAUUUACAGAAAGAAAUGAUGCAGUUCCUCCAAUGACACAAUUACUAUUGUUGUUACGAUUUUGUGCUACUGGAAGUUUUAUAAUUACUGUGGGUGAUUUUUUUGGAAUAACUAAAAGUUGUGCACACAAAAUAAUAGAUAGUCUUCUUGAAAUGAUUGCAAGUCUAAGUGAUGAAUUUAUACAUUUCCCUUCAACUCCAGUUGAAAUUCUGCAAAACCAAGUUGAGUUUUAUCAAACAGCCGGAUUCAUCAGGGUCGUAGGCUGUAUUGAUUGCAAGCAUGUAAAAGUUGAAUCAUUCGGUGGUGAUGAUGCUGAAAUUUUUCGAAAUCGAAAAGGACACUUUUCUAUUAAUGUUCAAGUAAUAUGUAAUGCACGCCUAGAAAUAAUUGAUAUUGUUGCAAGAUGGCCAGGUUCAGCUCACGAUUCAACUAUAUUUAACAAUUCAAGAAUUCAUAAUCGUUUUGAGAAUAAUCAGUUUGGAAAUGCAUUACUACUUGGUGACUCAGGCUACCCAAAUCUGUCUUAUUUAUUGACACCACUACAAGAUCCACAAAGACCGGCAGAGCAACUUUACAACGAAUCACAAAUCCGAACCCGAAACACGAUUGAACGCACCUUUGGUGUUUGGUCGAGAAAAUUUGCUAUAAUUCAAGGCACAAGAUUUAGAAAAAUUGAAAACAUUAACUUGUAUUAUUGCUGCUGCAGUUUUAUAUAAUAUUUCGCGACAAGGAAAACCACUACCAAUUAGAAAUGUCUCUGUUCAGGAAUAUCUCCAAAUUCCUGAGGUAGCAAACCCUGUAAUUGGUAAUGCUAAUAUUAGAAAUGUAUUAGUGAAUGGAUACUUUCAAAAUUUAAUUGCACAAAA